CAAGGAAAGCGACACGAGCAUAGUCGAACUAGGAGAAUCAUCUGUGAAAGAAAGUUUCUGUUGUUGUAUGGCAAGUCGUUUUGUCUCGCUGCUUACUACACAUCAAAGCUAUCGCUUCGCAUCACCCGAACCUCGUUUGUCGACGACAUUACUACAUUUACAGUUCUUGUUUCCCCUAGCCUGAAUGAAACACACAGAAUGGGACCAGUGCGGUUAGAAAAUGAUCAAGCCGAAGGCGGUCAACUAAAAAAGACAGAGCAGGUGGCAGAGAUGAAGACAAUGGCACUUCACCACGUGAACGCCACUUACGCAACGCUGUGCGAGAGCCCGGACACGCCGAGCACGGCUGAGCCUGAAUUUGGCCACCCCGACUACUGGGAUCAGACGUAUAGAGAAACAUUUGAAGAACUACAAGUAGAGCAAAGUGAUUGCACAACGGGAAGAACCGAGGAACAGACACCAUCAGCAUCUUCACCCUCAGCGACGGCGACUGCUACUGCAUCUAAAACUACACCUGCAGCCAGCGUUUACUUAAGGGUAGGUUAAAGGUGCUUUUCUUACCGCUUUUUAUGCCUCUCCUAAGGGGGAAAGGUAUAAAAAGCGGGGUAAGCAAGCACCAAAAACCUACCUCUAAUUUACUACGACUGGGUGUUAGGGUGGGAUGAAGUGAAGGACAUAUUGCUCCAAAUUUUAGAGGAAAUCCCCGCCAAGACUGAAGAUACAGGAGAUGAAAACGAGGAAAUCGAGAUCCUUCAUAUCGGGAACGGCAAUUCAAUUUUUCCUUAUGGACAAGAAGUUUAGAAUUCGGGAAUUCUUUUGGAUAAGUCAUAGAAGUAAUAGUUGUUUACCACACUCACACUGCACUUGUGCCUAUAGUAAGUACUCAAGAACAAGUACAACAGUUAGAGUUACAUUUAUCUUAUCAUCAAGAUGAGGUAACAGUUUAAGUUUGCUCAUUCAUUGAAUCCCCUCGGUGAUCAUUUAAAUUGCUAUUUUCUCCCUCUCCUUCUUCAUGUCUUCGAGGAGCUUUUCAAACUUGGAUAUCGGCAGCAGUUGGUUACUGACAUUUCCGGUCUGUGCAUGGACCAUAUGCAGAGUCGCUGGGACGCAAAGUAUGCGACAAAAGGUGGUGAGUCUGUGAAAUUCCUCUAUGCCGAUGGUUGCGAUUUGGCGGGGGUUGGACUGGAGACGGCUGAAAAUGCACUUUUGGCCUUGCGUGAAGAAGAAGCUGGAGCGAAAGAAGGUGAAAGAGAAAGACGAGACGAAGAAGAGCAUCAGGAGAAGAUAUUGCCCAGUGAAGAUAAAACACAAGAACAAUGUUCAUCUUGGCACGACUCAUGUCACUUCGACCUGGUCUUCGAAAAAAGCACUAUGGACGCGAUGUUUUGCUUUGACGGCCCUCACGCUUGGCUCAUACUGCACUUGUUGAAAGAAGCGUACAGGGUAUUGACCCCACGCACAGGGAAAUUCGUAUGCAUGUCGAUGCAUCCGCCAAGCCAGGUAACUAUGUAUUUCGACCUACCCUGUUUCGAUUGGAAACUAGAGCGUGUUGAAAAGAUAGUGGAUCCUCAAACAAAAGGCAGAGCACGCGAAAACCAUCACUAUGUGUACGUCUUGGGAAGUAAGUGGACACACAGACAGCUCCUGCCGGAAAAAACAGUUAUCAGGAACUCUGAAAACGAUGCUACUACUGCGGAGCAAGAGAUGAAGCAGCAAAAUGGGGAGGAUAUCCUCUUUUCUAAGUGGUGGCACCAGGUUAGACUUUUGAUAGCCGAGAAACCCGAUGAAGACCCAAAAAUUGCAGACAUUCGACGUUCGUUGGGUAUAAUAGGGCAAAAAGGAGAAUGAGCAAGGAUGAUAAAGCUGUGCCCACAGGAUUACCUCUUUUGACCCAUUUCAUACAUCAAACCUUGCGAUUCUAAGUAAGCGCGCACUGCCACUGGUAGAACUACGUAGCUGUGGCAGGAAAACUCGAUGACCCAGUGUUGGCGUUCAGACUAAGCUGAUACAUGUUG